UCAUGCAAGUCCAAAGCAGAGUGAGGAGUCCAGUCUUGUAAAAAAAAAAAAAGAAGAAGAAGAAGAAGGAGGAGGAGGAGAAGAGGAAGAAGAGCCUCACUUUGUACGAGCCCCUUAUAUUUAUUUAUUCAUUAUUAUUAUUAUUGGCUGCCGUUCUUAACAUUUCCUGAAUGAAUCCCCCGCGGAGCAGGAGGCGUCUUCUCGUUGCGUUCACUUGUGACAUCUGUGCCGGGAAGACGAUGCCUCUGAGGACGGGACUUUUUAUCCUGAUGGUGCUCAACGCAUCUGCAUACGAGCUGGAUCACAACGAGUCCUAUUCGUCCAGGAGAGCACGCUUCUCGACCAACAGCCCUUCAGAUGUGGCACGCUGUCUCAACAGUGCCCUCCAAGUUGGCUGCGGGGCCUUCGCCUGCCUGGAAAACUCAACAUGCGACACAGAUGGCAUGCAUGACAUCUGCAAGUCCUUCCUGUACAGUGCUGCUAAAUUUGACACUCAGGGUAAAGCAUUUGUGAAAGAGAGCCUUAAGUGCAUUGCCAAUGGCAUCACGUCCAAGGUGUUCCCCACCAUUCGCCGCUGCUCCACAUUCCAAAGAAUGAUAUCGGAAGUCCAAGAGGAGUGUUACAGCAAGCUGGAUAUCUGCACGAUCGCUCGAACCAAUCCCGACGCCAUCGGUGAAGUGGCCCAGCUACCCAGCCACUUCCCCAACAGGUUCUACGGGAGGCUGCUGCAGAGCCUGAUGGACUGUGAUGAGGACACGCUGGAGCGCGUGAGGACCAGCAUGGUAUCUCGGUUGGGCCCGGAGAUAACCAUGCUUAUUCAGCUCCUGCAGAACAAGCCUUGCUCUUCUGCAGCUGGCGCCGCAUCCGCCGCUGCAGCCGCCCCGACGGGAGCGGAGGGCCGCGGGAGCUGGCGCUGGUCUGUGGGUCCCCAUAUGUACAAGAUCCAGCCUAAUCUGCGAAACAGAGACUCUGCCAGUCAUUUUGGCAAAAAGCGCUCUGCCAGUGACAGCUCCUAACUUGCACUCCAAGUCAGAAAUUUCCUCUAUUCCCUCGGGGUGACCACAUCCUUUCCACCAUUAGACUGGAAGUUACUAAAAUAUGCACCUCCAGGGAAUGCCACACCACCCAUAGAGUUUGAUUGUUGAUAUAUUGUAUAUCCUACGUUUAAGGCUUGAGAGACCCCUCCUUUAAACCCUAUUCAUCACUCCCACUUGUGGCUGUGCAACAACGGCCUUCUUCACUCUUUUUAAUCUCCUCCAACUAAGAUCCUUAAAAAGUCUUGAUGCCAAGCACAAAAAAGAAGAAAAACUCAUCCAUGAAUAGAUUAGUCGAUAUUGGUUCAUCCACACGGAGGGGCGGGGGUGGGGGGGUUAUUAGAUGUAUCCACUAUUUUAGUGAUGAGACCAGUCAAAUUGUGAGCAUGAGAUGUGGAGGUGAUCUUCACGUGUAUUUUUUAUUAUGCUAACUCUUAAAUGUACUGUAUUCUAUAGGUAAUCUGAGACAGCCAUAGCUAGCCUUCUAACAGAGAGUAAAAGAGGUUACCUUACACUGACCAAAAAAACACUUCAAAACUGCCCUGAAUGCUAUUCAUGGAAUACCAAACUAGAUAUAGCACUUAUUAAUAGUUCGUAUUUGUGUUUUCUGAUGACAGAUGUAGCCGUUGUACUGACAUCAUGUACUUUCAUGAAGUCUGUCCAUUAGAAAACAUCAAUCCAGACACUUACAAUGCAUACGACUGUUGAGCUCUACGGUGUAUAAGGGACCAUGUUUAUGUUGCUAACUGAGUGCAAGAUUUAGAGUGACUAUUUAAAAAAAAAAAAAAAAAAAGCCUUCUUGGAAUUAUAUUUAUUUUCCUACUAUAUUAUUUAAGGUUUUUGUUUCAAUGCAUAUAUUAUAGUUUUAAUUAGCUUAAAAGCUCCGAUUUGAACAUCUAUAUGCCAAAAAAAACAGAAACAAAAAAGGGUGAAUGACUGAAUGGGACCCAUGUCAUGACUCUGUGCUGGCCAUAGGGGAACAAGGUUGGUCAUUCAAGUCAAGGUGAUCUACUUGCGACACAGGAGGCAGUUUUACAAUAGGCAGGUCAUUGUCAUUGUAGCUGCUACAAUGCACUUGGGUGCACAUUGCAUAAAGGUAAAAGCAAGCAUCAGCAUCAAGCACCCGGCUUGAAUGUUGUGCACUAUAUAAUAUUGUGGUGCUUCUCCAUGCAUGUAUCCAUUAGAGAGGGCUGUAUGUUGUUUCUUUUGUGAGUGAUUGUGUUGGCUAGGAAACAGCAAUGCAUUAUUUCACUUUGACCCCCCCCCAAGUUGAAAACCAAGCUGGGUGUUGGUUGGCUUGAUGUAUGGUGAGAUCCCCUUCUUAUUUCAUGGCCUCCGAACAGGAAGACAAUCGUCUACAAAUAGGAAGUCACGACAAUGGGGCAUCGUGUCUUUAGCGCUAAGGCUCCAAGAAAAUGCUCAUAUGAAUGAACAUAUUGGACAGAGGAAGGUUAGGGCCAUAUAAUGCAAUUGGUGCGAUUGAACAGGGUUGGUGUACAAUAUAAUGAGAUCCAAUAGUUUGCGAUUUGAAAGUUGAGCGACAUCAGGCGGCAUUGUGUAAAAAUAAAACGUGCCCGUUAAUUUCCACCAUAGGUAAUCAUGAAAAGGUCCCACAAGAUAAUAAUAAUUGGAAGUGUGCUCCCCAAAGUCUAACCUUUUUUUAAAGUGAGUUCAUGGAAACAUUCCAUUUUGUGUGUCUGUAGCUUUAAUGCUAAUGAGCUGUGUUUGUCCAUGCCUGUGUGGCUCCAAGAAGCGAUAUUGUGCACUUUAUGCACUUUUUACAUAUACACUGUAACUCUACUCUACAAUAUAUCACAUUUAAACAGCGUAAACAUUAAGAAGUGGGACAGGAGAACGCAAAAGACACUAGCAUAGCUUUGUGAGCUACAGUGCUACCAUCACAAUCACACGUCAACAUAUUGCUAUGUUGACACAGAUUCAAACUUACACUUAAUUUUAAGAUGUGUAGUGAAGCCUUUUUUUAAAAAAAAAGAAAGCUGUAGUGAAGGACUUGAAACUUCAAAACAGACCGUUUGAGUGCCUCUUCUCUCAAAGGUGGAUGGAAGGAUGUAUGGAUGGAUG